AUCUGAUUUAAGGAAAUAACCAAUCAGAAACUUUGGUAUAGACUGUGAUAUGGCGGGUUUUUAAUAUUAAAUUAACGCAUUAUAUCGAAUGUGCUUUACGAAUAUAUAAUGUGAGAAAUUUGUGUUGCGUAGUGUGAAUUAAUAAUUAUUAACUUUUAUAAGAAAUUUACGAAAAAGUUAUUUUUUAAUAUUAUAUAAUAUAAAUAAAAUUUUAUGAAAAUAUGGAAGAAUUGAAUCCAUUUAAACGUAGAAAAGUUUUUGAUCUUUUAAAAAAAUUUGAAGAUAAUAGAAAAAAUACAUCUGAAUCUAUCAUGACAUUUAAGUUUAAUAAAAAACGUAUUAAACGUUUAAAUAAUUUAAAUGAUAUCAAGGAAAAUUGCAAUGGUAUUUUGUAUUGGAUGUUUCGCGAUAUUAGGAUACAAGAUAAUUGGGCAUUACUUUUUGCUCAAAAAGCAGCUUUAAAAAAUAAUGUACCACUUCAUAUAUGUUUUUGCUUAAUAUCAAACUUUCUUAAUGCUUCUAUAAGAUAUUAUAAAUUUCUUCUGAAAGGAUUAGAAGAAAUCGAAAAAGAAUGUAAAAAAUUAAAUAUAAAUUUUCAUCUUUUACAUGGUGAACCAAAUAUAAAUAUUCUUAAAUUUAUAAAAAUAUAUAAUAUGGGAGCUAUUAUUACAGAUUUUUAUCCAUUAAAAUUACCUAUGUUGUGGAUUGAUAAUGUGAAAAAAAAUCUUCCUAAAGAUAUUCCUAUUUGUCAAGUAGAUGCUCAUAAUAUUGUGCCUUGUUGGUAUGCAUCAUCAAAGCAAGAAUUUGCUGCUAAAACAAUUAGAAAUAAAAUAAAUACAAAACUAGAGGAAUUUUUAACAGAAUUUCCACCUGUUAUAAAACAUCCAUAUACAACAAAAGAAAAGUUUGAAAAAAAUAAUUGGAAAAUAGCUUUACAAAAUGUAGAAGUAGACAAGUCAGUAAAAGAAAUUACAUGGGCUAAGCCAGGAUAUGAAAAUGGUAUUAAGGAACUUGAAAAUUUCUUACAGAAUCGUUUAAAAAAAUAUGGAGAUGAACGUAAUAAUCCUUUAUCAAAUGCCAUUAGCAAUUUAUCACCUUGGUUUCAUUUUGGCAUGAUCUCAGUACAACGUUGUAUUUUGGAAAUAAAAGAGUAUAAAAAAUUAUAUAAAAAGUCAGUUGAGUCCUUUAUGGAAGAAGCUAUUAUUAGAAAAGAACUUAGUGAUAAUUUUUGCUUUUAUAAUGAAAAAUAUGAUCUAAUUGAAGGUGCCUAUCCUUGGGCUAUAGAAACAUUAAAUAAGCAUCGGAAGGAUAAAAGAAAAUAUAUAUAUUUUUUAAAUCAUUUGGAAAAUUCAGAAACUCAUGAUGAUUUGUGGAAUGCAUGUCAAAAUCAAAUGGUAACAAUAGGAAAGAUGCAUGGGUUUUUAAGAAUGUAUUGGGCAAAGAAAAUAUUAGAAUGGACUGAAACUCCUGAAAUUGCUUUAAAAUGGGCCAAUUAUUUAAAUAAUAAGUAUAGUAUAGAUGGUUGUGAUCCUAAUGGUUAUGUAGGUUGUAUGUGGUCUAUCUGUGGUGUCCAUGAUCAUGGUUGGCCAGAAAGAGAUAUAUUUGGAAAAAUUAGAUAUAUGAAUUAUGAAGGCUGUAAACGAAAAUUUAACAUUGCUGAAUUUGUUAUGAAAUGGGGGAAAAAAAAAACUAAUGAACUUAUAUAAAAAUAUAAUUAUUAAUUUUUAUUUUAUUUUACUUAUAUUUAAUUUAUUACAAAUUACUUAUUAAUAUUUUGUAUCAUUACAUAAUAAUGAAAGUGAAGCAGGAACUGCAUCUAAUGAAGUUAAGGAAAGUGCUGCAGCCUUUAAAGCUAAAGAGAGACAGCUAAUUUCAUCUAAAUUUUUAUGAAUUCCAUAAAUUAUUCCAGAAGUGAGACAAUCACCACAACCACUUACAUUAAACGUUUCAUUUGGAUCAUCAGAAACAUAAGAUAAAGGUGGAUAUAAACGAGAAGUGAUGGACAUAUUAUGGACAAUUAAUUUACCUUUUUUAUCAUAAAAAGGAUCAUUUCCUAAGGCUUUACGAACAACC